AUGGAAAGGAAUCUUAAGAAUGUUUUGGUCAUUUCUUUCGGAUUUUUGCUUCUCUUUACUGCUUAUGGAGGACUCCAGAGUCUACAGAGCAGUCUCAACUCAGAAGAAGGCCUGGGCGUCGCUUCCCUAAGUGUUUUGUAUGCUGCACUCAUCUUAUCGUCCAUGUUCCUCCCUCCAAUCCUCAUCAAGAAGCUGGGCUGCAAGUGGACCAUUGCCAUCUCUAUGUGCUGCUACAUUGCCUUCUCCUUAGGGAACUUCUAUGCUAGCUGGUACACACUUAUCCCUACCUCUGUGAUCCUGGGCUUAGGAGGAGCACCACUCUGGUCUGCCAAAUGCACUUACCUCACCAUUGCUGGCACUUCGUAUGCUGAGAAAGCAGGAAAAAAUGCAAAAGACAUUAUCAACCAAUACUUUGGGGUCUUCUUUCUGGUGUUUCAGUCUUCUGGCAUCUGGGGAAAUCUUAUCUCAUCCUUGAUACUUAGCCAAUCUUCCACCAAAGUGGAUAUCUCAGAAGAAGACCUGGAAUGCUGUGGAGCAUACAACUGCCUGACUGAUAGCACUAACACCACUGGGUCAGCAAAACCCUCUAACUCCUUAAUCUACACACUCCUAGGAGUCUAUACUGCUAGUGGUGUGCUAGCUGUGCUGCUGGUUAUUAUAUUUCUGGACCAGAUCAAAUCUGACCAAGCAGAGACUGAGAAAGAAAAACUAGAGGCACCAUCCUUUUGGUCUACGUUCCUAGCAACUUUCCAGCAUCUUAAAGAUAAAAGGCAGUGUCUUCUAAUCCCUCUGACAAUGUACAGUGGGUUUGAACAGGGAUUUCUUUCUGGUGACUACACAAAGGUAUAUGUGACCUGUGCCCUGGGGAUUCAGUACGUUGGCUAUGUGAUGAUCUGCUUUGCAGCUGUAAAUUCCCUCUGCUCUCUGCUCUUCGGAAAGAUCUCCCAGUUCACGGGUAGAAAAUUUCUAUUUGCAUUAGCCACAGUUACGAACACAGCCUGUAUAAUAGCACUACUGGUGUGGAAACCUCAUCCCAAGCAGCUUGCUGUGUUUUUUGUAUUCCCUGCUCUCUGGGGUCUAUCUGAUGCUGUUUGGCAAACACAAACUAAUGGACUCUACGGCAUUUUAUUUGAGAAACACAAGGAGGCUGCCUUUGCAAAUUACCGUCUCUGGGAAUCACUUGGAUUUGUCAUUGCCUUUGGUUACAGCACCAAAUUGCAAGCCUACAUCAAACUGUACAUUUUACUGUCUGUGCUUGUGCUAUCCAUGGUUACAUAUGGAGCUGUGGAAUACCUCGAGGCUAAGAGAUCCACUGGGACACCUGCUGCUACAAAGAAGGAAAAUGGAGGCUCCCACUCCCAGGAAACAUGCAUGUAA